AUGGUGUCAGUGAUUCACGGUGAAGUGGGCACCAUACUGGACGCUAAUCGGAAUUCGAUUUGCUGUUCUGUUGAAGACACCACAAAAGAGAGUGAGACCACGACGACUACAACAUCACCGCAAACGAGCGAUUCCAACAAUUUCGAGGGAUCAUCUCGAACGAGUGAACCACAAAACGAAACCGAAGGCCACGAUAAUCGUCCGCAGUCCAGUAGGCAAGGAUCGAAUGAACAAAAUCCUUGUGCAUCUCAACACACAACUUCACCCCAGAGUGAGUAG